GUGGGCUAGUCGUUUAGUAACACCAGCAACGACCAGCCACCAACGGCUGCACUUAUCACCGUUUCCAUCAGGCGAAGACAGGGGACUAGCAACAUCAGAGAGGAUCGGACACGUCGCUCAAACAGAGGCCAAGAAGGGGACCCUCGCACAGGACGGCACCCACAAACACACACAGACAGAGCCAUGGUGGAAUACUACCAGAUAUUAGGAGUCCAGAAAAAUGCAACACAAGAGGACAUCAAAAAAGCUUACAGAAAACUGGCAUUGAAGUGGCAUCCAGACAAGAACCCAGACAAUAAGGAGGAAGCAGAGAAAAAGUUCAAAGAGCUGUCAGAGGCAUAUGAAGUGCUCUCAGAUGAAAACAAGAGGAAUAUUUAUGACCGAUACGGCAAAGAAGGUCUGUCAGCAGGAGGAGGAGGAGGAGGAGGAGGAGGCCAUUACGAUCACUUUGGUGGCAGCAGCUUCACAUUCCGUAAUCCCGAGGACGUUUUCAGGGAAUUCUUUGGUGGCAGAGAUCCAUUUGCAGACUUUUUUGCUGAUGACCCCUUUGACGAUUUCUUCGGAGGUCACAGUCGCCACAGGGGCGCGAGCCGGAGCAGGACGGGCGGGUCGCUCUUUGGUUUCGGGAGCUUCCCGGCGUUUGGACACGGCAUCACCGGGUUCGAUUCAGGUUUUAGCUCAUUUGGAGAUAUGGGUGGAGGAGGAUUCACUUCCUUCUCUUCUUCAUCUUUUGGCGGCGGCGGCGGCGGCGGAGGAGGAGGAAUGGGUAACUUCAGAUCUGUGUCAACCUCCACCAAGUUCAUCAACGGCAGAAAAAUUACUACAAAACGGAUCGUGGAGAACGGCCAGGAGCGGGUCGAAGUGGAGGAGGACGGUCAGUUAAAAUCUCUAACAGUUAAUGGUAAGGAGCAGCUCCUAAGACUGGAUAACAAGUAAUAAUCUCACCACAACAUUUGACCAACAUACAGUUUUCUCACCUGGAAAAACUCGCCCAGUGACUAUGUUUGCUACCGGCAGUUGGUCUCUCCUCUCUCUCUCUCUCUCUGUCCUCCCGCAUCUCAUUCCCGAAGAACAAUUUUUCUCAUUUUAGCUUAGCUUCAAGGGAGGUGAGAGAGACGUUCACAGUAUUUGUAUAUUUGUAUUUAUUCCAUUAUUUUAGGGGACCAUCUUGCUGGGAUUUGUGUUUUUUUUUGUUUUGUUUACCAAAAUAAAUUAAUUGUAUAUUUUACUUCAGCCAUAUGCACAGAGCUGGGUACGUGCUAUAUAAUAUUGUUUUUUUUCCUUUGGGGUAGAUAUUUGUCUUUCUUUUUGUAGCAGGAAAACAAGAUGCUGUACAUUUGACUUACGCAUGUCAUUUUUGCUCCUCAUUUCAUUUGACCAAUUUAACAAGAGAAUGAUUAAAGCUUAACCACUUCGCCCUAAUGUCUUUAACUUCACCUUGCUAACCUGUUAGCUGUUAUCAUGUCCACGCGUGUGUACUAUGAAUGACAUAGAUUAUUAAUAAAUUAAUUAUAAUAAUGUGCA